AUGUAUCCUCCGCUCAAAAGGCCUGGGAACAAACAGAGGAUUUGGUGCGCAACCCGAAGAAAGUCACCUGAAAGGCCUGGUGCAUUUGUGGAACUACACAAGGCAGAGCAUCCCUCCACUCUGCACCUUUACGGCUCUGGCUGGCAGUUGGCGGUUCUGGCGCACUUGAAACGGGGAGGUGUUUGGUCAGCCAAGAUAACGCUGCAGAAGCCCGAGGACUCUCCACAGGCACAUCGGCCGGGGGAGAAGAGAACUCAUGUCAAGACUUUCUCCUCCUCGGACAGCCUAGCGAAGGUGCAGGAGGUAGCAAGCUGGCUUUUGGAGAUGAACCAGGAACUGCUGUCGGGGGACAGCAGCAGCAGGCAGAGUCGCAGAGCGGGGGCCCCUGGGGGGACGGGGGGCCGAGGUAACGCUUCCUCCACGGACCGGGCACCCCAGCAGGCUGGGGCCGAAGAGGGAGAUGAAGACGAGCACAUGAACAGAGUGGUUCUGGAAGAGCAGAGGCCUGCUGCGUCCCAAGUCGACCAAGAGAGAGAACAACCAUGGUCCUCCAACGGCCCUCACCCGCACCCCGAAGGCAGAGAGGAGGAAGAAGAGGAGCGCAGCGGCGAGGUGAAUGGACAGUCAAAGGGAGCUAUCCGCUGGUCUUGGAACUCCCAACAGAGAAGAGGCCGGAGCCAUGGCCCUGGACCUGGAGAGGAGGACGAAGAGGAGAACAAUAACAACAGUCACCUGGAGGAGGAGCAAAGGACAGAGGGUGGGGACGAGGAGAGGAGAGAGGAAGAGGAGGAAGAGGAGGAUGAAGAGGACAUGGACCAGGAAAGCGAUGACUUCGAGCCUUCAGCAGAGAGUGGCCAUGAAGAAGAGGAGGAGGAUGAGGAGGAAGAAAGCCCGCCAUCGCCCUCGAUAAGAAUUAGUGUGUCUGCGCCCAACAACCUGGACUCCAGCCGUUCGCACCAAAGCUCAUCCAACAAAAAGAUGAAGAGGAAGUUGGACCAUGGCCCCGAGGUCCGAUCGUUCCCUUCAGGAAAGAAGCCCUGCAAAGGCACCGAAUAUCCCUGCCCAGCUGGAAUCGUGCCAUGUCCGGCCACGCCCACAACCUUCGGCCACAUCCGCGCAGCAAACGGUCAGGGGCAGCAGAGGCGGCGCAUCACCUCCAUCCAGCCACCCACGGGUCUCCAAGAAUGGCUCCGAACAUUUCAGAGCUGGACUGGGCCCGAGAAGCUGCUGGCCUUGGAUGAGUUGAUCGACAGCUGCGAACCCACGCAAGUCAAGCAUAUGAUGCAGGUUAUCGAGCCGCAGUUUCAGCGAGACUUCAUUUCCCUGCUUCCCAAAGAGUAUGCAGAAGAUGAAGGCAGUUAA